CCAAAAUAUUUCUGCUAUUCACUUCCCUAGCGUCAUUCUCUUCUCUUCGGUUACAACUCAGAACCACCUUGUGAACUCCGUUUAUUUUUGUUCUCUAAUGCCCACUUCACAACAUGAAUCUCAAUACCAACCUUUUUAACAAAAAUAACUCAAUCUUACUUCAAACCAAAUUUUCAUUUCACCUCAUUUUUUAGUCUCUAAUGGCUUCUUCUUCAGCUUUAUUAUUAACACCCCCAUUUCACUUCACAAAACCCCAUAAAAAAAUCCCACUUUUCAAACACCAUUCUCUUAAACCAAAACCCUCCUUAACCCUUCACCAUGGUUCUUCUCUUUUAACGCAUUCUUUAACAAAAAUAGCUCCUACCCAAUUCAAAGCUUCUUCUACUGAAUACUUAGAUGCUAUUGAUGAACCUGAAAGGUUGAUUUUUUAUGAGGAAAAACCGGUGAAAUUUGCUUUAUGGGUUAUUUUUUGGGCUUCUAUGUCUUUGGCUUGGUUUGCUUAUUCAAAGGAUGCUAAUGCUGCUGCUGGUACUGGUGCUGUUGAUUCUAUUAAAGCUUCUGGAUUUGGAUUGAAGAUUGCGAAUUCGUUGAGGAAAUUGGGUUGGCCUGAUUGGGUUGUUGUGUUUACUCUUGCUACUCUUCCUGUUCUUGAGCUUCGUGGGGCUAUACCUGUUGGUUAUUGGUUGCAACUUGACCCUGCGAGUUUGACUGUGUUGUCCAUUCUUGGGAACAUGGUACCUGUGCCGUUCAUCAUACUCUACCUGAAACGAUUUGCAUCUUUCCUCGCUUCCAAGAGCCCUUCGGCAUCACGAUUCCUCGACAUUUUGUUCAAGAAUGCCAAAGCAAAGGCUGGACCAGUGGAGGAGUUUCAGUGGCUUGGUCUGAUGCUCUUUGUCGCUGUCCCGUUUCCCGGCACAGGAGCAUGGUCUGGAGCCAUUAUAGCAUCAAUCCUUGAUAUGCCGUUUUGGCCAGCAGUGUCUGCGAAUUUCUUCGGCGUUGUAUUUGCCGGGAUGCUCGUAAAUUUGCUAGUGAAUCUUGGUCUGAAGUAUGCCAUCAUUACUGGUAUCAUCCUUUUCUUUGUUUCCACAUUCAUGUGGACCAUCCUUAGAAAUCUUAAAAAAGGUUUUAGCUCAUCAAAUUGACUUUUAAAAUGUCGUAGACUCUUAGUUUUCUUUAUCAAUACAAAGACAAUUGUUAAAAGUUUUGUUCUUUAUUCUAUUCAUUGGUUUUUAUGAGUUUAAA